AUGAUAGAAAUAAUAUAAAAUUUAGUUGAAUUAAAUCCUUCUAAAGAAUUAUUAGGAAUAUAAAUUUUUGAUUAUAUAAUUUAAAAUAUUUCCAAUUAUGCUGUAAGUGUGGGAUAUAUUAUGUAUAGAAGAAUUAUGUUAAGCUUCUAAUCUUCAGGACUAUCACCUAUAGCUUUAUUUGCUUAUUAAAAGUUACAUAUAAUUAUGCAAUAAAUAUAAAAUAAGCAAAAUAUUACUAAUGAUUAAUUUAAUUUAUUUAAAGAAUACAUAAAUCUUUUUUAUUCUAUUUUAUCUUUCAAUUACAAUAUUUCAUAUUAUGAUUUUGAAACAGAUUAAGAUUAUUAAGAUAAUUAAUUGAUUACAUUUCCAGAAUAAAUAGUAAAAAUUAUAGUUGAUUUUAAAUUUCUAGAAUCAUUUUAUGUUUUAACAAAUCAAUUCAUUUAAAAUAAUUCAGAAAUAAGUGUCAAUAUGCUUAAAUGUUUAUGUAAAAUAAUUUCUUGCAGAAUUACUCAUGCUGAAUUCGAAAAUAAAGAAGUUAAAUACGCUUUUAUUAAUUAUGGAUGCUAAGGGAUAUUAAUGAAGAAAUCAUACCUAAAAUACUUAGCUUAUGGAAAAAAAUUAUUAAGAUAUCCUAAAAUGUGA